AUGUUUCUACGAAGAAUUUUGCCAAGACACCUAUUGUCUAUACAGAGAAGAAGGAUAUCACAUGUUAAUGUCCCCUUUGAAGAUGAUUUGAUAGGAUUUGAAGAUGACAGUUUGGCAGAUUUUCAGCAUUACCAAGGUCCGCAACUGCCACCACCAAUUGACCAGAAUAGUGCACCAACCACUGGGACAGAUAAGACAAUUGCACAAGUCCCAUUUCAAGAGACCUUUGCUGUUCCUCAAUUACCUGAAAUCAGUAAACUGAAAAACCCCGUGAUAUUUGUAUCCAAAUUGACAAAUCCAUAUAUGAAUCUUGCUAUUGAAGAUUAUAUUUACAAUGCCAUGCCUAAGCCAGAAGGUGCUAAAGAUAACUCAUUUGAUAGGCUAAUGUUCUACAUAAAUACACCGUGUGUAGUCAUUGGAAAAAAUCAGAAUCCUUGGCAAGAAGUCAAUUUGCCAGUGUUGAAUUCUUUGGGAAUCCCCAUGUUAAGAAGACGAUCCGGUGGAGGAACCGUUGUUCAUGAUUUGGGAAACGUGAAUUAUUCAUACAUGACCACAAAAGCUAAUUUUGAUAGACACAAAUUUGCCAGCUAUAUUGUGGAGGCAGUGAAUCGGGCUAGUCCACGUUUCAAAAUUGAAACUAAUGAACGUGGAGAUAUCGUCAGUGAAAAAUUAUUAGGGUUAAAUUACAAAAUAAGUGGAUCGGCUUAUAAAUUAUCAAAGGGCAAGUCCUACCACCAUGGAACCAUGUUACUUAAACUGAAGUUAGAUAUAUUGGGUAAAUUAUUGCACCGUGACGAAAAACAAUUAGGCGUGGUGGAUUCCAAGAUGUCUAUACCUUCAGUCAAGUCCAAAGUUAUCAAUUUGGAAAUGUCCAGUGAUCAAUUUAUUGAUGUUGUUAGUCAGAAAUUUAAAAGUCUUUAUAGUGUGGCAUCUGAAGAGGAUAAAGAGAUGGGUGAAUUUAAUGAAAUGUUUGGAUUGACUGAUUUUGCCAAGGCACAAGAAGUUACAUUAUAUGUUAUUGACGACGCCACAACGAUACCUGAAGAAAUCCAAAAAACUGCAGAUGAGUUGAAACAAUGGUCAUGGAGGUUUGGUCAUACUCCGAAAUUUACUCAUAUGUUCACAAAUGAAAAAUAUGGCCUUGAGGUAUUAUUCAACAUUGAGAAAGGAUGUCUUAAAUCGUUCAAGCUUACAUUUAAUGAUUCUAAUUCUGACAGUAGAGAAAUCAAAAAGUCUUUCCAAUAUUUAGAGACAUAUAUCAAGAAUAAUGAUUUAGAAUAUACUGGUAGUAAUGUAGCUGGUUUUGUACUUCAUGAUGAGAUAAGUGACUGGAUAGGCGAAUCAAUAGAUGGCACAAUAUAG